GUGUUUGAGCGCUUAUUUCUACUGCAAGGUUGUGAAGGCUUUUUGACCUAAUAUUUGGAGUUACAGAUCACCAAUUUUAUUGAUAAUACAUUUGGAUAUAUUUGACAAUCACAUUAAUAUGCUUACUUAAAAUCGACAAAUUGUGUUCUACAUAGAAUAUUAUGCUUCAUGUUUACGAUACGAACAAUGAUGACAAUAGUGGUCAUCCUAAACCUUCAAGAAAAAAUCAGCUGAAUUGUCAUGGCAUUUUUGUAACCAAUGAAGAUUUGAAUAAUUCACUCCAAACAUUGUCAUCUUCAGUUGGUUCACAAAAAAUUUAUUUGAAGCCUUUACCUAAUGAGAAUGAUAUGUUCAAUUCCAGGAAAUUGAAUGAUAAAAAACGAUUACCAAAAGCGGAACAUUCUGCUCUGUUACCAUUUGCUUGUGAUGUUGAUUGUUCAACACCUUCACCUCCACCGUUAUCUGCCAGAUCAACACAUAAUAAUAAUAGUUAUUUAGAGUUGUUCCCAUCUCAACCAACUAAUACUACUGCUACUCUACAACAAAAUUUUUCCUAUUCACCAACUGACAGUAAAAAUUACACUAUUAAACAUACUAGUAAUUCUACUCAUUCAACAAUUACUCCAGUUAAUGAAGAAGAAAACAAUCGACAGCGAUCGCAAUAUCAAAAACCACAUCGUCAACGUCGAAAACAGCAUCAUCAUCAUGAGAAUCUUAGUUCAUUUCAUCGGCAUAGUGCAUUACGUCAAUCACUCGGUGGUAUUAAUGUAUUAACUCAUCAUGUAAAUGCAAUUAAUCAAGAUUCAUCUGAACCAGACAAUGAAAUAUCGCCUGAAAGUUGUGACAAUAAUGUUAAGGAUAUCAGGAAAUGCACACCUAGACGAGGCGAUAAUAAAUCCAUUGAUUAUCAAUCAUCAGCAUCAUCAUCGCUUCAUACUAAUAGCAGUAGUAAAUCUUUGAAGGAUUCCAAUCACCGUCAUCAUCGUCAUAAUGAUAAUGUUGAUGAUUAUCAACUGAAAACAUUCCGUCUAUCUAACUUACCACCAUGGGACCAUUUAAAUUAUGCAUUGAAACCUUUUACAUCGAAUCAUCAUGGUAGCGAAACAAAAUUUAAAGGAUUUCGAUUAGUUCCCAAAGUGAUACAGUCAGAAUAUUGUUUACCACGUGUACAUAUUCAUAGUUAUAAUAAUAUACCAUUUCAAUUGGAUGAUAUUAUUGUUGGUAUGAAUAAUCAUAAAUUAUCAAUAAUGUCUGAAGCAGAAGCAUUACAAUAUGUAUAUAAUGCAUUUAAAGAUGCCCAACAUUAUACUGUUGAUGUUGACAUCUUAAGAUCAUCUUUAUCAUCAAGAAAAUCUUUUAAUAAUGAAUCAUCUUCUACAAUGCUCAAACAAUCAUUAAUAACUCGUCAAAAAUCUGAUUCUGGUUAUUCAAAUUCUGUUGAAGUGAAUAUUCCUUCAAAUCCACAUCGACCAAGAAGACGACGAGAAGGAGGAUGUACAAAUUAUUCAUCUUGUGAAAUCACUCCAGAACGUUCACCUUACAAGAAUGACAAAAAAGAACAAAAAGAUCGUACUCUAUCAAUCCGUAAUGCCAAUUUAACCAAUUUAAGUCGUUUAAGCCUUAUGGAUUAUCCUGAUUCGCCUAAUGUACACCUUAAAUCACGUCAAAUGUCGGCUGUUGAUAGUGUUUUCCGUAAUCAUGGAGUCAUUGACUAUGAUGAUAGAAUUAAUACAGCAACAUUUGCCUCAUCAUUGUGCAGUAGUAAUCUAGCAGACAGUGGAUUUGUGACAAUACGUCGACCAAAACAACCUUCACGUUUAACAAUAAUGAAUAGUGAUGGUGGUGAUGUUGCAAGUGAUCGAUUUUCUUUAACAAGUGCUGAGUUUCACUCCUCUCGUGAUUAUAAUAAUAAUAAAACCAGAAAUUCACCGAGACAUAUAUCACCAAAAGUCGACACCAUUGAUGACCAACAUCUUGGUAAUAAUCGUUCAAAUUCUCGCACACUUACCUCUCACACCACAGGAGUUACAUCACCAUGUAUUCCAAGGAGAUCGUUAAAUAUGUCGACCAAAGAUCCAAAUGCAUUCAAUACUCGAACUAUUGGUCAAACAAUGCAUAUUCAAUUGACAAAAAUGUCAAGUACCGGUCUUGGUUUCACAUUAACUAGUCGUGAUACACAAACACAAAGUUCACAAAUGUCUGAUCCAGUAUAUGUGAAAAAGAUUUUACCCGAUGGUGCUGCCAUACAAGAUGGACGUUUACUGGCUGGUGAUCGUCUAUUGGCUAUUGAUGGUGAAGAAGUUCGUUCAUUAAAUCAAGUUUUAUCACAGUUACGAUCAUUGACACCAGGGAAACAAGUGGAUUUGCUUAUAUCUCGACAAAUAUCUUCUGAUUUAGACUCGAAUACUCGUAAAUCUUCACAUAAACACUUACCUCCACGUCCGUUUAUGACUUGUACCUUUGAAUAUCAACUUCCAUUGGAUACUACUACUAAUAAUCAGUCAGAUACUAUAAAAGGACCUCCAUUAUUAGGAAUCAAUUUCAAAUGGUCUAAUGAUAUUUUAUUAUCACUAUUAUCAUCUUCAUCCCAAUCAUCACCACAGUCAGUAACAGGAUCAGCUUCUCCAUCUCAAUAUUCUCCUAUACCAGGUUUAUAUAUUGAUAGCCUUGUACCUGAUACUCUUGUUACUUCAAAUAAUUGUGUAACUGUAAAAACUGGUGAUCGUCUUGUUGCAAUUAAUGAUGAAUCUGUAGAUGGAAUGAAUGCUAAAACUAUUGUAAAUAAGUUGAAAAAUGUUAUCAAACAAUGUCAUGAGCGAAAUAUUAGUAGUUCGGGACAAUCACCAGCCUCAUUCACUCUUACUGUUCAUCGAUAUAAAAAUCAAAGUGAUCGUCGAUCAAGUGUUGGAGAUACAUUGAAACCAUCUGCACAUCCACCAAGACAUACUAAAACAAUAUGUGGUGAGGCAGUAGAAAAGGGUCAUCCUGGUCAUAGCAAAUUGAAUAGCCCAGUUGAUUCGCAUGAUAAUUGUUCAUUAUCGUUUAAAUUAAGUGAUAAUCGUCGACGUCUAUUACAUAGAUCUGAUUCGAUAUCGUCUGACAUUGGAUCACAUAUCUUGCAUCAUGAUUAUCAUGGAGAUUCUCAUUCACAUCUAUCUAGUCAAAGAUCAGAUAUUCAUGACGAUAAUCAUCUAUUAUCAACAGAAUCAUCGUUAAAAGUAAACUAUACUACAUCAAGGAAUUUAUCAGUACCAUCUAAUAGAAAUUUUUUACGUGAUGGAUUUGGACGUCGUAGUGUUUCAGAAAAACGUCAUGGACAUGUGGAUGCUUCACACUAUUCAUUUUUUCAAACAAAUAUUCUUCCUAAUCGUUAUAAAAUGCCAGAAGAUGUUGAUAAACAAUAUUCCACUAUGCCAACAACACGUCGACUUAAAAUGCAUAAAGCUCGUUUGGCUGCUGCUGCUGCUACUACUACCAAUGUAGAUUCAUAUUCUUCAAUUGGUGGAGGAGGUCUAAUGUUUAACAAUUCAACAUCAUAUACAAGUUCAGGUCCUUUAAAAGCAUUGCAUCCAUUAGAUAAUAUAUUUCCACAAUCUUUACCAAAUUCAUCUUACCGAGAUCCAGAGGAAAUAGACAUCGAGCCUCAGCUAGAUCAACCACCAAUGUUAAGAAAUCGAAAGCAAAAUACUAGUUUCCGUCAUGCUGUAGAUCGUUCAUUAUAUCCUACUUCUAUUACAACUACUACUGCUGAUACUACUACUACCGCAUACUCUAAUCCUUUCGAUACAAAUGCUUCCCCAUCAUCUUCUGCUCCUCCUAUACCACCACAUCGUCCGCGUAGUGAAAGCGGUGGUCGUGAUAAAUUGCCUAAUAAUCCUAAUCAUAAAAAUUCCAAUAAAACAAAACAUUCUAAUCCUUUGUCUGAAAAAUCUGCAGGUUAUAUUUUAUUCUCUUCUUCUCCUUCAGUCUACAAAACAAUUGAUAAAGUUGAACGUCCUCAUUCAAAAUCUCGUCCUGAAAUUCAUUCAAAAAAUAAUUCUAUCUCAGUCAAAGAUCUCAAGUCAUCAUCACAUUCUAUUUCAAAUAAUAAUCUCCCCACUGAACAAAAACCCAAUAAAACUGGACGAAUAAGUUUGAAAAAUCUCUUCAGAAUUGGUAACUCUAAAACUGAAUCCGAUUUAAAUAGUGAAUAUUUAUUACAUAAUUCGGAUCAAUCUAAAGCAUCAUCGGAGACAUCCACUGUUCUAUCUAAAAAACAAUUACGACGUCUUUCAGUUCCAGAACAUCAAUUAACUAAUAACCUCAUAACAUCAACAAAAUUGAUCGAUAAAAUUCAUGAAAACAACAGUUAUACUACUACUCCUCCACCUCCUCCUCCUUCUACUACUACUACUAUUCCAUCUAGUUUGUCAAAAUUAUUGAACACCACUACUCAUUGUAUGAAUUCCAAUAUCAUUUAUAAUGAUUCUAUGUAUAAAACACUAUCACCGAAUAUAAUGCAUAAUAAUCCUACUAAUUACAAGACUAUCUCUGUAAAUCAUCCAUAUUGUCCUCCUCCUGAUAUUAGUCCACCACCGUUACCACCUCGUGUUAGUUAUUCAACACCAUCUGUAUUAACAACAAAAUCGAAUCAUUCCAAAAUGAUUAAAUAUCAUCCAUUACCAGGACAACAAUCUAAUAAUAAUUCUACAAUGAUUGAUAAAACAAAACAGAAUAAACGUAAAAAAUCAUCAUAUUCAAUGACCACAUCUGUUGUUUCAUCCUAUUCAACUAAUCAUCAAUCAUUAUCAUCUCCAAGAAUAACUUCAACAGCUUCGUCUCCAGCUUAUGGCUUAACACUCAACACCGUUGAACCAACAAGUAAUAUAAAAUCGAAUUUUAGUCAUGAUGACAACAACAACUCAUUAGUAGCUAAUGACAAUUCUCGUGGUCGUCGUCGCCGUCAUCAUCAUCACCAACAAGAUAGUAUUCUCUCUGAAAGUUCCAUUAAACCUCAGACACCAGCUAUUUAUAUGAAUUCUAAGCAGAUUAAUAAAGAUUGUAAUAAAAAAUCUACUCCAUCUCCUCAUCGUUCACGUUCAACACAUGCUCGUCUAUCAUUGAAUGAUAAUAUUACAACAACAACAAAUACGGUAGCAACAAUAAUGUCAACAAUGAAUUCACCUGAAUCAAUUCAUUAUUAUCAAGCACCAUUAAUUUCUAGUCAUUCAGUUUUAAUGUCAACUCCACGUCGUCAUCGUCAUUUACAAGAUGGUCGAAAAUCCGAAUAUUAUUUAAAUAAUAGGUAAUGUGCACAUUCACGACCACAUUUAAGAUUGUAUCCUUGUUUAUUCGACAAACGCUUAACGUUUACUUUCUCUUUUUUUUCUGAGAUUCGUCUAGUAGUGAAUAGAUUAUCUCACUCAUGCCUCAUAUUGACUUUAAUUUUGUGUAUGUUUGCUGUUUGUUUGAAAUUUUAUUCUCUUUCUAAAUUAUGGAUUCAAACUGUUUAAAAUAUAAACCAAUGUAGACGAAAUAAGCAAAUAUAUAUCAACUGAAGUUCGUGUAUCUAGGUAGCUGCAUAAGUGCUGGUGGUGGCGUGAGUGAUGAGAUUGAUGCACUUAUGGUGAAAACCAGAGCUGAUUAUGCUAAUCUCGGCCAUCUUUGGCGCCUUCGUGAUGUUAGUCUGGCUGUAAAAGGUCGGAUCUACAACGCGUCGGUGGGAGCAGUUUUGCUCUAUGCUUGUGAAGAACUGGUCUCUCCAAGUUGAGGAUGUUAGACGACUCUGUGUUCGAUCAUCGUUGUCUCCGAAGGAUUGCUGACAUCCAGUGGCAACACCAUGUUAGUAAUACAGAGGUUUGGCACAGUGUGUUCGGGAGCAGAGACGAUAAUUCAAUUGGUGUCACCAUCUUGAAACAUUGACUUCGGUGGCUUGGACAAGUUAUACGAAUGUCAUCCCAGAGAAUUCCACGUCGUGCAUUAUUUGCCGACUCUGGGACUGGUUGGAAAAAGCGGAGAGGUGGUCAGUGUAUGAUAUGGUGUCGUGGUAUGAAAGAAAGCUGCAAAGGGCUAGUUUCUGUUGGUCCUUCACAACUCCCUGGCUGGAGUCCGAGAGAUGGUGCAACACAGUGACUAGAGACGUUAUCGGAUAUGGCUCAGAAUAGAAGCCAGUGGCGAUCCUGCUGUAACCUUUUACUUUCUGCAUAAAGAGUGGUCAUAACCUCCUUAAGUGAGAGAGUUCUUCUGGUUGCACAUUUCAUUUUCCACCACCAUUACUCUUAUUUUAUUUUUCAUAUAUGCAUCUUACCCCUUUCUCUCCCCAUUUUCAUUGUUUUGUGUGGCGCAUGAAUAUCUGGUGCCCCCUUGCACCAAUAUUUAUGUGUUUAAAUAAACAAAUAUCAACUGAAAAUCUUUAAAACCGAUUGACGACUGAGUAGUAGGUAAGUAGUGUUUUUCUUCCCUAGUCCUUAUUGUGUGCGCUUUGGAUUAUUGGAUCGAUCAAUUACGCAAUAUGUGGUCACUAAACUUAAAAGUCUCAUUGUUACAUACAUUCUAUUUUGGUGUAAAGUAUAUGAUGGGAAUUGACAAGAAGUUAUGACUGGAUCUCCUUGGUUUUGUACAAAUUGCGAGAAGACAUAUUAGUCAUUAUGUUACUGAGUUGUGCCAGAUUCGUCUUAGAUGAUAUAUAUUGAAUAAUAUGUGUGUGUCAGUGUGUCGAUUGUUGUCCUCGUUAUUAAGGUCAGAAAAGUUGUUUAAACGUAGUUCGCGCUGUGUUGAUGUAGUUCGGCAACCGAUACACAUAUAUGCCAGGUUCUACGUUGCUUGCUUAUCCACUGACCGGAUGAAUUAUGUGUAACGAUAAGCUUAUCAUGUUCGUCUGUAUGUGUGUGUGAAACUAAACAGUUGUCAAUUGCUCUUUGGUCUUCAAUAUAGAGUAACCUAAUAUACUCCCGGUUUCUAACAAAUAUCAUGGACAAAUGAAACUUAUCUCUAUGAAAUAUUUUGAUAACAGGUAUCAGGGAAUGAUGGUAAAUCAGUUGAUAAGGUUAUACAUUUUCAUCGACUGAGAUGGUUGGGCCACGUGCUACGUAUGCUUGAACACCGAUUACCACGACGCGCUAUGCUGACUAGUAUUGCGGAUCGUUGGAAGAGAGUUAGGGGCGGCCAAACCAAAACGUGGCAUCAGUCCUUGAAGUCACUAACUUCUAGUCUGAGCCAUGUUGGCAGAUGCAGACUACUUGGUUGAGAUCCGCGUGAUCUGUAGAAUGAAGUUAUAUUUAUUUAUAUAUGUAAACACACACGUAUGUGACUAACUUAAAUCUUCUAUGACAUUAAUUCCUUUUUUGUAUUUUCUAUUUCUGUAUAGAAAACAACAAGUUACUAUGCAAGAAGCAUCAUUAAUAGUUCCUUUUUCAAUGGAUAAAUUAAUUACUCCAAAACGUUCAAUUCAUCAUCAACAUUAAUGAAUUAUCCAGUAUCAGCUUACCUAAUAUGUAUUCUACAAUUAUAGUAUAUUACUCUUGUUCCCUCUCUCUCUCUCUCUCUGUAUUUCCGGUUUUGUAUAAUGUCAAGAUUACGAUCAACCAAUUAUUUUCAUCUAUUUAAUUACUUGAAAAAGAAAAUUCCCGCCCCUCCCCUCGCCCGAUUAUUUUGAUACGUUGACUGUUUAUAAAUUUCUUUCCAUAAGACUGUUGAAUCCAGUCUUCAUUAUAAAACAAACAAAUAUGGUAUACAUAUACAUAUCAGUGGCCUGAAUCUCACGAAUUCAUCAAUUUUCCUUUCCUCUUCUUGAUCCUGAUCUAUUUGCCAAUGAUUAUCAUUUAGAAAAUUGUGCCUUAAACUUUUGUAAUUUAAUUUAUGUUUGUUGCCAUCGUUACACUUGGCUAGUAGUAGUUGUAUUAUCACAACCAUAUCGUAUAUAUUCUGUCUCAUUUUAAUAAGCAUGUAUUAACAUAUCAUUAUCAUUAACAACAACAACAACAAAACAACUUUACUUAUGAUCCUCGUUUCUACUCUCUCAUCUUGUAUUAAUCGUCUUGUGUGUGUGUGUGCGGUAAAUCUCAGAUCUCAAAUCAUGCCUUUUACUCUAUUUUUUUUUCUCCAAUAAUCAAAACAUUUUGUAUUUGUAAUCAUUGUUGCUCUCCCUCUUUAUCUCCCUUUAAUAUACAUAUCAUGAUAAAUAUGUAGUAAGUAUGUACAAAAUGGGUUUUUAUUUUGUAUACGGACUUGCUUUUUGAUGCUUCAUAAUGCUCUAUCCUCCUAACUUACUUAUUACUUUCACUAUUUCCAAUUAUAGUUGUAACCAGUGUUUUCAUGAUGGUUCUCAAUAUCUUUAUUCAGAAUUAUUGAUCUAUAUAUUGUUCUAUUGUUUCCAGUAAUGGAUGAUAAACAUUCCAUACACCUUUAACAUUUCUUCGCUUGAUAUUUGUCAUCCUUCGAUGGCUUCUUUAUCCUUGAACUACUUCGACUGUUUCAUAGCAUUUAUUUAUUGACUUUGAAUAAUUAUUGCAGAGUUCCAAAGAGCUUGAUAUAAUAAGAGAUAUCUCACUGUGUCGGUCUAUUCGUCAAUAGUUCUUUUCACUGUAUAUCAGUAGUCUAUUCACAAUGAGUAGUAUAUUGCUGAAUCUAUAUUGAUUCUAUCAUUAUUUGUGUUGGUUAAUGAUAUGAAGUAAAUAACUUUGUAUAUCUUGAAUGUAAGUAGUAUACACCUUGUGAUCGAUCAAUCUCGUUGUGUUUGUUCUUGUUUUUUGUGUGUGUUUUUCUACAUAUUGACGUAUAUAUGCUAAUCCACUCGAAUUGUGUCUUUUUGCCAGUUGGAUACUAUACUUUUUUUUUCCUGAUUACUUUCUUGAUUUGCUCCUUUAAUUGUUGAAUAAUUUUUCUUUUGUGUGUAUGUAAGUGUUUACCUUGUCUUUUCUUUUUGAUGUUUUGUUAAUUUGUCUACCAUUGAAUAAUAAUGUCUUGAGUUCUUCUUACGUUUUUUGUUACUGUUGAGGAGUUACAACUGUAAAUAGUUGAUUGUAAAAAUAUCUAUGGUAACCUUUGUGUGAUUCACACUGAUCCUUGAUAUACAUGAUUGUGUGAAGGUCUAAUU